UUAUGGUCGUGGAGAGGGCGGGAUGGCAGAACUGGGGGAAGACGUGGAGUCUCUGCCCCGCGGGGGCUUUCGCUGCCGCCUUUGCCACGUAACAGUAGCCAAUAAGCCCAGUCUGGAUGACCACCUGCGUGGGAAGAAACACCAGCGCCUGCAGAAUCUCCGAACUGUCCAUCAGGCCCAAGAACUUCGCAGUGUUUUUGUCAGUGGCUUUCGCAAGGGAACACUGGCUUCAGAGCUGAGUGAUUAUUUCCAGGCCUAUGGUGAGGUAGCCAACGUGGUGAUGGAUAAGGAUAAGGGAGUCUAUGCAAUUGUGGAGCUGGAGAGUGAAGAUGUGCUAGAGAAAGUCUUGGCUCAGCCGCACCACAGCCUGGGAGGUCAGAAGCUGCGGGUCAAACCUCGAGAGAAGAAAGAUUUCAAGUACACGCCCUCAAGGAAGCAGGGAGCAGGCAGGCGAGAACAGCUGAGUCCUGAGAAACUUGCACAGAAGUUGUGCCAAGCUGACGAUGUAGAUGCCCAGAUGUCUUUGGUGGUGCAACUCUUUGAGUUUUCGGAGAGUGAGCGACGCUUGCGGGACCUGCUGGUCAGCCUCUUCCAGGAGGUGUUCUCUGAGUUUUUCCCCGGCUCUGUCAUGCUCCCCUUUGGUUCCUCCGCCAAUGGCUUUGAUGUCUCUGACUGCGACUUGGAUCUGUUCCUGGACCUUGAGAAGACAAAGAGCUUCCAGGCAUCUGCGAGGGGACCCAGUGAGGCUCAGGCUGAUGAUGGGGACAGUCCGGACUCGCACUCUGAAGAUUCGAUCCUGAGCGAUAUCGACCUGGCCACCGCCACGGUGCCCGAGGUGCUCGAGUUGGUCGCUACCGUGCUGCGCAAGUGUGUCCCGGGAGUCCAUAGCGUCCAAGCUGUGCUGAGCGCCCGCCGUCCGGUUGUCAAGUUUUGUCACAAGCAGUCCGGCUUGCGUGGCGAUAUCUCCAUAAACAACAAGCUGGCCCUCUGCAACACACGUUUCCUGCAGCUUUGCACUGAGGCCGACGAGCGGGUACGGCCCUUGGUCUAUGUUUUGCGCUACUGGGCGAAGAAGCAGGCACUGGCAGGCAAUCCGUUUGGUGGGGGGCCCCUUCUUAACAACUAUGCCCUGACCCUGCUGGUGCUGUUCUUCCUCCAGACCUGCAGCCCACCUGUGCUGCCCACGGUCGCCCACCUAAGGGAAAUCUCAGAUAACGAGGAACAAACCACAGUGGAUGGAUGGGACUGCACCUUUCCCAAAGAUUCAGCCCGGCUGGAGCCCAGCGGGAACACGGACAACCUUUGCUCCCUCCUGGCAGAAUUCUUCCGCAUCUUUCAGGACUUCGACUUUGCCGGUUGCGUGAUCUCACUCCGGGAAGGGCGGCCGCUGCCCCUGCCCAGCUUCCUGACCUCUGAGGCGGCUCACACGCUCAAGCUGGGGCCAUUCAACCUUCAGGACCCUUUCGAGUUGAGCCACAACGUCGCCGCCAACGUCAACGAAAAGACGGCGCUGCGCUUCCGGCGCUGCUGCGGAGCCGCUGCCAAGUACUGCCGGAGCUUGCAGUAUCAACGCAAAUCCAGCAAGGGGAAGGUCUGGGGGCUGGUCCGCCUCUUUCAGCCGGGCAGCCCCGAGGCCGAGGCUCCAGCGGCCGAGAGCCUCGUCAUCCGUCUCCCACCGAUGCCGGCCCAGUCCCAUGAGCCUCUGGGGCAGGCAGGCGCUUCCCACCGACUCCAGUUUCAGGACAUCUGCACCUCCAUAAGCGCCGUCUUCCGCGACGUACUCAAGUGCAGCUGUGCAGAGACGCAGCAGGGAUUCGGGGAAGGAGGAGAAGCUGCCGGAUCGAAGCAGGAGGAGCAGCCGCCGGAAGCCACGGAAGGGCCCAAGCGCCCUCUGGACAGGGAGGAUGGGGGGGCAGCUUCCCCUCCCCGCAAGAAGCCACGGACUGAGAUUUCGCCCCCGGCCGGGGAGAGCGUGACCUGGAACUGCGCCAUCUGGCACCAUGUGUGGCUGGGCCGGCGGCGUGUCCGGCGGCAGCUCCGUGGGCCAGAGCUGGACGCGGAGCAACAAGCCAGCUCCCUGGAGCUGGAAGCCAGAGUGUCCGAGGCCAUUUCCCAGCAGGAAGGGGAAGGCGCCGAGCCCCUGUUGCGCUUUGUGGCUUGCGCCCGAGCCGGGGAGGGCACCCCUGGCGAGCAAGGAACGCACGUCGCUCUGAGCUUCACUCCAGCCCCCGGACAGGCAGCCCCCUUCCAGGACUUCUUCCACUUCCUGGAAGGGUUUUUGCCCCGCAUGGUGGAACGGCAGCUGGCUAGCAAGGCCUGAGCCAAGGAAAGGACCGUCCAGGCCUCUUUGGCAGUCAGGUACCGCUCUGUGCAUCUUUAUCCUUCUCAUAAUGCCCGUGCAAAUACAAAAAAAAACCUGAACGGCAAAAUGAUCUUUUUGCCGUGGUUUCCUUUCUUUCCUCAAGGAAGGGGAUGCCCAUUUCCCCCAUUACUUAGUUCUUCAUCUUCUCCCUACUCCUUUAGGCACCGGAUUUCUCAUUAAUCUUGGCGGGCGGAAAGCAAUUUCUCCUCAUGGCACCUGAUCCCUUGACUUAAAACCAUGGAUGGGGUGUUUCUGGUAGCCACUCCAUCUCUGCCAGUGUUCCAGGCAAGGUCAGUGCUGGUGAACACGGCCUGUUCGUCACCGCUCCCUGGUGGCCCCGUUCUACAGACCUGCAGCCUCUCUUGACUGACAGGUGAGGCAUCCUUCGACCACAAAUUUGCCUCAUCUUUUUGAAGCUUCCCCUGCCCCGCUAACACAGUCCCCUGGCAGGGAUUUCUUGAGAGAGAGCUUUCUCUGCGACACGAUGUCCCCUAAGCGAAUUCUUCACACAGAAUGCGUUCCAUAAAUUGCACAGAAGCAAUUGAUCGAACCUGUUUGGCCCUGGACGUGACUCCAACAGUGAGUUGCUGUCUGUACAAUCCCAGAGGUGUCUUUUCAGAAGUAAGGCCUGCUGAGUUCUGCAGGUUUAGUGUCUAUUGAGGGAGUCCAGCAGGGUGCCAGCUGCCCCGAUCCUGCAGGGGGAACUGUGGAGCUAUAUUAGAAGUGGUAAUUUGUCAGACUCACAGAGGACUAAAGUCCAUUUCAUCAGAUGCAGGAUAUCCCAUCCCUUUGACCAUGCUGACUGGGGUUGAUGGGUCUUGUACUCCAAAGUACCUAGAGGGUAUCCAGUUCAGGAUAGGUGAACAUGUAGGAAAAAUCCAGUCUACCCUGAAAGGACAGCCAGAGAUCAAUCAUCUAUAACCCCAAACCAGCUACCUUACCUCAGCAUGCCAGGAAAAUUGAGUCUGAAAUAUCUUAAUUAAAAUAAUUGUACCUUCACAUAUAUAGGGCAGGAGAGAAUAAAGUGACUUGUUUUGAGUGUGGGGACUGUUUCAUGACUGUCCUCGUCUUUUUUCCAAGGGGUAAAGGUAGAUCGCACCAAUUUGAUCAGAGAUUUUGGUAACUAAAACUUUUUGUAAUAAGGUUUUUUUUGUUUUUUCACUUUGAACUGUCACAAUAAAGUUUUUACUGGCGCA